UCGUAAAGCGUGCAAAGUUCAACUCAGAGAAUCACGGGACCCUUAUUCCACGCUGCACUGCUGGACUUGAAUUUUGCUCAGCCGCAGCGUUGUUCGCAACGGAAAAGGAGAGAAUUUAUUCAAUUUUCCCUUUUUUACGCAAUUCGUGGAUAAUUUGUGCAAAACAUGCCCGCUGAUAUGAUGGAAAAGAACUCGUCUUCUCCGGUGGCUGCAACCCCGGCGAGCAUGAACACGGCACCCGACAAACCCAAGACAGCAUCCGAGCACAGAAAGUCGUCUAAACCCAUUAUGGAGAAAAGAAGACGAGCCAGGAUCAACGAAAGCCUGGGUCAGCUGAAAACGCUUAUUCUGGAUGCUCUUAAGAAAGAUAGCUCCAGACAUUCAAAGCUUGAGAAAGCGGAUAUCCUAGAGAUGACCGUCAAGCACCUCAGGAACAUGCAGCGCGCACAGAUGACCGCUGCUUUAAACGCGGACCCCACAGUGCUCGGCAAGUACCGCGCCGGCUUCAGUGAGUGCAUGAACGAGGUGACCCGAUUCCUGUCCACAUGUGAAGGAGUGAACUCCGAAGUCCGGACCCGGUUACUUGGCCACUUGGCAAACUGCAUGACCCAGCUCAACGCCAUGAACUACCCAGCGCAGGCUCAUGUUGCAGCCGGACCCGCGCCCACGUCGUUUGGCCAGCCGGUGGUGCAGAUCCCUGGUGCCACGCAUAUCCCAGUAUCCGUCUCGGUGCCCGUGCCGGGCGCAGCGUCAUGUAAAAGCGCGCCUCCAUCCGGCGUUUCACCAUCCGAGGCUGCAAAAGUGUACGGAGGUUUCCAGCUCGUACCAGCGACAGAUGGACAGUUUGCUUUCUUGAUCCCCAGUGGUGCGUUCACUCCCGGCGGUCCGGUCAUUCCAGUGUACGCGGGUGGAGCAGGAACGGCUCUACCACCUGCGGCUGCGUCUCCCCGCGAAGCGUCGCUUACCUCAGACUCCGUGUGGAGGCCCUGGUAGAGUCUCCCAAAACGGACUUCUAAAAGACUUCAACACUACCCACACUUGCCCUUUUUAUUAAACGUUUUAUGUGUUUUCUACUUUUAUGUUUUUUUAUGGAAAUGUGUUUUAAUAAGAGAUUUAUGCACUAUAUUUGUACAGCUCUAAACAGAGAGAAGUUCAUAUUGAAACGAGAUUUGUACUGAUGUUCAUUAAUUGCAUUUUUAUAUUU